AUGCCUGCCUUCAAGUUCCAGCACACCGUCGACCGCCUCGACAAGCCAUCCUCCUAUACCAUUGGCAAGAACAAGAAGCAGAAGAACAGACGCGGCAACCCCAACGACGAGCCCGCCGAAGACCGCGACCGCAGCGAGAACCAGCCAGACAUCGAAGACAAGCUGAAGCAUGCGACCACACUCUACGUAGGCAACUUGUCCUUCUACACCACCGAGGAGCAGAUCCACACCCUGUUCAGCUCCUGCGGCGAAAUCAAGCGUCUGGUCAUGGGACUGGAUCGCUUCAGCAAGACGCCCUGCGGCUUCUGCUUCGUCGAGUACUACACACACGAGGACGCGCUCGACUGCCUCAAGUACGUCGGCGGCACCAAGCUGGACGAGCGCAUCAUCAGAGCAGAUCUGGACGAAGGCUUUGCUGAGGGCAGGCAGUACGGACGGGGCCGAAGCGGCGGACAAGUGCGUGACGAGUACCGUGAAGAGUAUGAUCCAGGACGAGGUGGAUACGGCAGAGCUGUGCAGCAGGGUGAUCGUUACUACGCCGACGAGUAUGACCGAUGA